AUGGAGAGAGGUUUUGAUGUUGACCAUACUAAUGUCAGUUCGUGGUGCAGUAUGCCUAAAGCCUGUGAUGUGUAUGGCUUCACCGAUUGGUUCAAAGUGGGCAAAUACUGUGUCAAAUACUUCUACAGCCGUGCUAACUUCACUGAAGCGGAGUUCAAGUGUAGGUCCAAAGCCCCUGGUGCACAUCAGGUGUCAGUGCAUAGUAAAGAGGAUAAUAAUUACUUGCUCUGCCUUGUGAAAAAAUGUAACCCAAGAAACCUGCGCUUCUGGCUCGGAGGCUUUGAAUUCUUCAAGUCUGGUAAAUUUUUUUGGCUUGAUGGUUCCUUCUGGAAUUAUCAAAUUUGGACACGUGGUGAACCCAACCACAUGUACACCAGUACGGAGGAAUGCGUGGAGAUGAACUGGAAAGAGGUUGGCAAGUGGAACGACGACUCUUGUAGUGUCAAGAAAAACUACAUCUGCGCCUUCAAACGACAAGACAUGCUGAAAGUAGACCAGGAGUAGAUGGAGCAGUUUUAUCCGAGUAUCAUCCCAUAAAACGUUCUGAAUAAAAUGAUUUUCUCUGCAUCAAAAAAAUAAAAAAAA